AUGCGCCCUAGUGUGGCGUCGCCUUUCCACUAUUCCACUCUUCCACUAUUCCACCAUGCUCCCAUGCCACCCGACCCCCUUCCCUACCCUCUUUCCCCCCACUGCCUCUACGCCCCCACGUCCGCAUCCCCCUCUUCCCCUCCCGCGGUGGCAGGUGGCAGUGACAUCAGUUCAUUUCCUUCUUCUUUGCCGCUGUCUCAUGCUUCCUCACCCCGUUCUCUCCAUCUGCGCCCUUUUCCCUCCCUCCCGUGCUGCCCUCAACCGUCUAUCCCUGCAUGGGCGAGCAGGGGGCGGGGCAUAUGGCGGUGUGUGGUGCAUCCCCCCACGCGCAUGCUCAUCACAGGGGGGGCGGACGCCGCCAUCAACCUGCACGCCCUCCCCGCCCUGCCCUCCCCCCUGCCCUCCCCCCUGCCCUCCCCACGCGCUCUCCCAUCCACCGUGGCCCCUGCCCUGUCAUGGCACCCCCCUCUGGACGCGCUGCUGCUGCGCGUCUCACCCACCGCCGCCCUCACAGCCAGCUCCAUCGCCCUCGCCUCUGCUGCUGCCGCCGCUGGUGCUGUCAUAGAGGGGGAGGCAGGGGCGGAGGGAGACACUGGUCGCAAGGAUAGGCAUGUCUUCGCCACGGACCCAGCGGGCAGCGUUGUUUGUGCUAGCAACGCAGCAGAGCGUGCUAGCAACGCAGCAGAGCGUGCUAGCAACGCAGCAGAGCGUGCUAGCAACGCAGCAGAGCGUGCUAGCAACGCAGCAGAGCGUGCUAGCAACGCAGCAGAGCGUGCUAGCAACGCAGCAGAGCGUGCUAGCAACGCAGCAGAGCGUGCUAGCAACGCAGCUGAGCGUGCUAGCAACGCAGCUGAGCGUGCUAGCAACGCAGCUGAGCGUGCUAGCAACGCAGCUGAGCGUGCUAGCAACGCAGCUGAGCGUGCUAGCAACGCAGCAGAGCGUGCUAGCAACGCAGCAGAGCGUGCUAGCAACGCAGCUGAGCGUGCUAGCAACGCAGCUGAGCGUGCUAGCAACGCAGCUGAGCGUGCUAGCAACGCAGCAGAGCGUGCUAGCAACGCAGCAGAGCGUGCUAGCAACGCAGCUGAGCGUGCUAGCAACGCAGGUGAGCGUGCUAGCAACGCAGGUGAGCGUGCUAGCAACGCAGCAGAGCGUGCUAGCAACGCAGCAGAGCGUGCUAGCAACGCAGCAGAGCGUGCUAGCAACGCAGCAGAGCGUGCUAGCAACGCAGCAGAGCGUGCUAGCAACGCAGCUGAGCGUGCUAGCAACGCAGCUGAGCGUGCUAGCAACGCAGCAGAGCGUGCUAGCAACGCAGCAGAGCGUGCUAGCAACGCAGCAGAGCGUGCUAGCAACGCAGCAGAGCGUGCUAGCAACGCAGCAGAGCGUGCUAGCAACGCAGCAGAGCGUGCUAGCAACGCAGCUGAGCGUGCUAGCAACGCAGCUGAGCGUGCUAGCAACGCAGCUGAGCGUGCUAGCAACGCAGCUGAGCGUGCUAGCAACGCAGCUGAGCGUGCUAGCAACGCAGCAGAGCGUGCUAGCAACGCAGCAGAGCGUGCUAGCAACGCAGCAGAGCGUGCUAGCAACGCAGCUGAGCGUGCUAGCAACGCAGCUGAGCGUGCUAGCAACGCAGCAGAGCGUGCUAGCAACGCAGGUGAGCGUGCUAGCAACGCAGGUGAGCGUGCUAGCAACGCAGGUGAGCGUGCUAGCAACGCAGGUGAGCGUGCUAGCAACGCAGCAGAGCGUGCUAGCAACGCAGGUGAGCGUGCUAGCAACGCAGCAGAGCGUGCUAGCAACGCAGCAGAGCGUGCUAGCAACGCAGCAGAGCGUGCUAGCAAUACAGCAGAGCGUGCUAGCAACGCAGCAGAGCGUGCUAGCAACGCAGCAGAGCGUGCUAGCAACGCAGCAGAGCGUGCUAGCAACGCAGCAGAGCGUGCUAGCAACGCAGCAGAGCGUGCUAGCAACGCAGCAGAGCGUGCUAGCAACGCAGCAGAGCGUGCUAGCAACGCAGCAGAGCGUGCUAGCAACGCAGCAGAGCGUGCUAGCAACGCAGCAGAGCGUGCUAGCAACGCAGCAGAGCGUGCUAGCAACGCAGCUGAGCGUGCUAGCAACGCACCUGAGUGUGCUAGCAACGCACCUGAGCGUGCUAGCAACGCAGCAGAGCGUGCUAGCAACGCAGCUGAGCGUGCUAGCAACGCAGCUGAGCGUGCUAGCAACGCAGCAGAGCGUCCUAGCAGCGCAGCAGAGCGUGCUAACAACGCAGCAGAGCGUGCUAGCAACGCAGCAGAGCGUGCUAGCAACGCAGCAGAGCGUGCUAGCAACGCAGCAGAGCGUGCUAGCAACGCAGGUGAGCGUGCUAGCAACGCAGGUGAGCGUGCUAGCAACGCAGGUGAGCGUGCUAGCAACGCAGGUGAGCGUGCUAGCAACGCAGCAGAGCGUGCUAGCAACGCAGGUGAGCGUGCUAGCAACGCAGCAGAGCGUGCUAGCAACGCAGGUGAGCGUGCUAGCAACGCAGCAGAGCGUGCUAGCAACGCAGGUGAGCGUGCUAGCAACGCAGCAGAGCGUGCUAGCAACGCAGCUGAGCGUGCUAGCAACGCAGGUGAGCGUGCUAGCAACGCAGGUGAGCGUGCUAGCAACGCAGGUGAGCGUGCUAGCAACGCAGCAGAGCGUGCUAGCAACGCAGCAGAGCGUGCUAGCAACGCAGCAGAGCGUGCUAGCAACGCAGGUGAGCGUGCUAGCAACGCAGGUGAGCGUGCUAGCAACGCAGGUGAGCGUGCUAGCAACGCAGGUGAGCGUGCUAGCAACGCAGGUGAGCGUGCUAGCAACGCAGGUGAGCGUGCUAGCAACGCAGGUGAGCGUGCUAGCAACGCAGCAGAGCGUGCUAGCAACGCAGGUGAGCGUGCUAGCAACGCAGCAGAGCGUGCUAGCAACGCAGGUGAGCGUGCUAGCAACGCAGCAGAGCGUGCUAGCAACGCAGCAGAGCGUGCUAGCAACGCAGCAGAGCGUGCUAGCAACGCAGCAGAGCGUGCUAGCAACGCAGGUGAGCGUGCUAGCAACGCAGGUGAGCGUGCUAGCAACGCAGGUGAGCGUGCUAGCAACGCAGGUGAGCGUGCUAGCAACGCAGGUGAGCGUGCUAGCAACGCAGCAGAGCGUGCUAGCAACGCAGCAGAGCGUGCUAGCAACGCAGCAGAGCGUGCUAGCAACGCAGCUGAGCGUGCUAGCAACGCAGCAGAGCGUGCUAGCAACGCAGCAGAGCGUGCUAGCAACGCAGCUGAGCGUGCUAGCAACGCAGCAGAGCGUGCUAGCAACGCAGCAGAGCGUGCUAGCAACGCAGCAGAGCGUGCUAGCAACGCAGCAGAGCGUGCUAGCAACGCAGGUGAGCGUGCUAGCAACGCAGGUGAGCGUGCUAGCAACGCAGGUGAGCGUGCUAGCAACGCAGGUGAGCGUGCUAGCAACGCAGGUGAGCGUGCUAGCAACGCAGCUGAGCGUGCUAGCAACGCAGCAGAGCGUGCUAGCAACGCAGCAGAGCGUGCUAGCAACGCAGCAGAGCGUGCUAGCAACGCAGCAGAGCGUGCUAGCAACGCAGCAGAGCGUGCUAGCAACGCAGGUGAGCGUGCUAGCAACGCAGGUGAGCGUGCUAGCAACGCAGGUGAGCGUGCUAGCAACGCAGGUGAGCGUGCUAGCAACGCAGGUGAGCGUGCUAGCAACGCAGGUGAGCGUGCUAGCAACGCAGGUGAGCGUGCUAGCAACGCAGGUGAGCGUGCUAGCAACGCAGGUGAGCGUGCUAGCAACGCAGGUGAGCGUGCUAGCAACGCAGGUGAGCGUGCUAGCAACGCAGGUGAGCGUGCUAGCAACGCAGGUGAGCGUGCUAGCAACGCAGCAGAGCGUGCUAGCAACGCAGCAGAGCGUGCUAGCAACGCAGGUGAGCGUGCUAGCAACGCAGGUGAGCGUGCUAGCAACGCAGGUGAGCGUGCUAGCAACGCAGGUGAGCGUGCUAGCAACGCAGCUGAGCGUGCUAGCAACGCAGCUGAGCGUGCUAGCAACGCAGCAGAGCGUGCUAGCAACGCAGCAGAGCGUGCUAGCAACGCAGCAGAGCGUGCUAGCAACGCAGCAGAGCGUGCUAGCAACGCAGCAGAGCGUGCUAGCAACGCAGGUGAGCGUGCUAGCAACGCAGGUGAGCGUGCUAGCAACGCAGGUGAGCGUGCUAGCAACGCAGGUGAGCGUGCUAGCAACGCAGCAGAGCGUGCUAGCAACGCAGCAGAGCGUGCUAGCAACGCAGCAGAGCGUGCUAGCAACGCAGCAGAGCGUGCUAGCAACGCAGCAGAGCGUGCUAGCAACGCAGCUGAGCGUGCUAGCAACGCAGGUGAGCGUGCUAGCAACGCAGCUGAGCGUGCUAGCAACGCAGCAGAGCGUGCUAGCAACGCAGCAGAGCGUGCUAGCAACGCAGCAGAGCGUGCUAGCAACGCAGCAGAGCGUGCUAGCAACGCAGCAGAGCGUGCUAGCAACGCAGCAGAGCGUGCUAGCAACGCAGCAGAGCGUGCUAGCAACGCAGCAGAGCGUGCUAGCAACGCAGCAGAGCGUGCUAGCAACGCAGCAGAGCGUGCUAGCAACGCAGCAGAGCGUGCUAGCAACGCAGCAGAGCGUGCUAGCAACGCAGCAGAGCGUGCUAGCAACGCAGGUGAGCGUGCUAGCAACGCAGGUGAGCGUGCUAGCAACGCAGGUGAGCGUGCUAGCAACGCAGGUGAGCGUGCUAGCAACGCAGGUGAGCGUGCUAGCAACGCAGGUGAGCGUGCUAGCAACGCAGGUGAGCGUGCUAGCAACGCAGGUGAGCGUGCUAGCAACGCAGGUGAGCGUGCUAGCAACGCAGGUGAGCGUGCUAGCAACGCAGGUGAGCGUGCUAGCAACGCAGGUGAGCGUGCUAGCAACGCAGGUGAGCGUGCUAGCAACGCAGGUGAGCGUGCUAGCAACGCAGGUGAGCGUGCUAGCAACGCAGGUGAGCGUGCUAGCAACGCAGGUGAGCGUGCUAGCAACGCAGGUGAGCGUGCUAGCAACGCAGGUGAGCGUGCUAGCAACGCAGGUGAGCGUGCUAGCAACGCAGGUGAGCGUGCUAGCAACGCAGCAGAGCGUGCUAGCAACGCAGCAGAGCGUGCUAGCAACGCAGCAGAGCGUGCUAGCAACGCAGCAGAGCGUGCUAGCAACGCAGCAGAGCGUGCUAGCAACGCAGCAGAGCGUGCUAGCAACGCAGCAGAGCGUGCUAGCAACGCAGCAGAGCGUGCUAGCAACGCAGGUGAGCGUGCUAGCAACGCAGGUGAGCGUGCUAGCAACGCAGGUGAGCGUGCUAGCAACGCAGGUGAGCGUGCUAGCAACGCAGGUGAGCGUGCUAGCAACGCAGGUGAGCGUGCUAGCAACGCAGGUGAGCGUGCUAGCAACGCAGGUGAGCGUGCUAGCAACGCAGGUGAGCGUGCUAGCAACGCAGGUGAGCGUGCUAGCAACGCAGGUGAGCGUGCUAGCAACGCAGGUGAGCGUGCUAGCAACGCAGGUGAGCGUGCUAGCAACGCAGGUGAGCGUGCUAGCAACGCAGGUGAGCGUGCUAGCAACGCAGGUGAGCGUGCUAGCAACGCAGGUGAGCGUGCUAGCAACGCAGGUGAGCGUGCUAGCAACGCAGCAGAGCGUGCUAGCAACGCAGCAGAGCGUGCUAGCAACGCAGCAGAGCGUGCUAGCAACGCAGCAGAGCGUGCUAGCAACGCAGCAGAGCGUGCUAGCAACGCAGCAGAGCGUGCUAGCAACGCAGCAGAGCGUGCUAGCAACGCAGCAGAGCGUGCUAGCAACGCAGCAGAGCGUGCUAGCAACGCAGCUGAGCGUGCUAGCAACGCAGCUGAGCGUGCUAGCAACGCAGGUGAGCGUGCUAGCAACGCAGCAGAGCGUGCUAGCAACGCAGCAGAGCGUGCUAGCAACGCAGCUGAGCGUGCUAGCAACGCAGCAGAGCGUGCUAGCAACGCAGCAGAGCGUGCUAGCAACGCAGCAGAGCGUGCUAGCAACGCAGCAGAGCGUGCUAGCAACGCAGCAGAGCGUGCUAGCAACGCAGCAGAGCGUGCUAGCAACGCAGCAGAGCGUGCUAGCAACGCAGCAGAGCGUGCUAGCAACGCAGCAGAGCGUGCUAGCAACGCAGCAGAGCGUGCUAGCAACGCAGCAGAGCGUGCUAGCAACGCAGGUGAGCGUGCUAGCAACGCAGGUGAGCGUGCUAGCAACGCAGGUGAGCGUGCUAGCAACGCAGGUGAGCGUGCUAGCAACGCAGCAGAGCGUGCUAGCAACGCAGCAGAGCGUGCUAGCAACGCAGCAGAGCGUGCUAGCAACGCAGCAGAGCGUGCUAGCAACGCAGCAGAGCGUGCUAGCAACGCAGGUGAGCGUGCUAGCAACGCAGGUGAGCGUGCUAGCAACGCAGCAGAGCGUGCUAGCAACGCAGCAGAGCGUGCUAGCAACGCAGCAGAGCGUGCUAGCAACGCAGCAGAGCGUGCUAGCAACGCAGCAGAGCGUGCUAGCAACGCAGCAGAGCGUGCUAGCAACGCAGCAGAGCGUGCUAGCAACGCAGCAGAGCGUGCUAGCAACGCAGCAGAGCGUGCUAGCAACGCAGCAGAGCGUGCUAGCAACGCAGCAGAGCGUGCUAGCAACGCAGCAGAGCGUGCUAGCAACGCAGCAGAGCGUGCUAGCAACGCAGCAGAGCGUGCUAGCAACGCAGGUGAGCGUGCUAGCAACGCAGGUGAGCGUGCUAGCAACGCAGGUGAGCGUGCUAGCAACGCAGGUGAGCGUGCUAGCAACGCAGGUGAGCGUGCUAGCAACGCAGGUGAGCGUGCUAGCAACGCAGGUGAGCGUGCUAGCAACGCAGGUGAGCGUGCUAGCAACGCAGGUGAGCGUGCUAGCAACGCAGGUGAGCGUGCUAGCAACGCAGGUGAGCGUGCUAGCAACGCAGGUGAGCGUGCUAGCAACGCAGGUGAGCGUGCUAGCAACGCAGGUGAGCGUGCUAGCAACGCAGGUGAGCGUGCUAGCAACGCAGGUGAGCGUGCUAGCAACGCAGGUGAGCGUGCUAGCAACGCAGGUGAGCGUGCUAGCAACGCAGCAGAGCGUGCUAGCAACGCAGCAGAGCGUGCUAGCAACGCAGCAGAGCGUGCUAGCAACGCAGCAGAGCGUGCUAGCAACGCAGCAGAGCGUGCUAGCAACGCAGCAGAGCGUGCUAGCAACGCAGCAGAGCGUGCUAGCAACGCAGCAGAGCGUGCUAGCAACGCAGGUGAGCGUGCUAGCAACGCAGGUGAGCGUGCUAGCAACGCAGGUGAGCGUGCUAGCAACGCAGGUGAGCGUGCUAGCAACGCAGGUGAGCGUGCUAGCAACGCAGGUGAGCGUGCUAGCAACGCAGGUGAGCGUGCUAGCAACGCAGGUGAGCGUGCUAGCAACGCAGGUGAGCGUGCUAGCAACGCAGGUGAGCGUGCUAGCAACGCAGGUGAGCGUGCUAGCAACGCAGGUGAGCGUGCUAGCAACGCAGGUGAGCGUGCUAGCAACGCAGGUGAGCGUGCUAGCAACGCAGGUGAGCGUGCUAGCAACGCAGGUGAGCGUGCUAGCAACGCAGCAGAGCGUGCUAGCAACGCAGCAGAGCGUGCUAGCAACGCAGCAGAGCGUGCUAGCAACGCAGCAGAGCGUGCUAGCAACGCAGCAGAGCGUGCUAGCAACGCAGCAGAGCGUGCUAGCAACGCAGCAGAGCGUGCUAGCAACGCAGCAGAGCGUGCUAGCAACGCAGCAGAGCGUGCUAGCAACGCAGCUGAGCGUGCUAGCAACGCAGCUGAGCGUGCUAGCAACGCAGGUGAGCGUGCUAGCAACGCAGCAGAGCGUGCUAGCAACGCAGCUGAGCGUGCUAGCAACGCAGCAGAGCGUGCUAGCAACGCAGCAGAGCGUGCUAGCAACGCAGCAGAGCGUGCUAGCAACGCAGCAGAGCGUGCUAGCAACGCAGCAGAGCGUGCUAGCAACGCAGCAGAGCGUGCUAGCAACGCAGCAGAGCGUGCUAGCAACGCAGCAGAGCGUGCUAGCAACGCAGCAGAGCGUGCUAGCAACGCAGCAGAGCGUGCUAGCAACGCAGCAGAGCGUGCUAGCAACGCAGCAGAGCGUGCUAGCAACGCAGCAGAGCGUGCUAGCAACGCAGCAGAGCGUGCUAGCAACGCAGCAGAGCGUGCUAGCAACGCAGCAGAGCGUGCUAGCAACGCAGCAGAGCGUGCUAGCAACGCAGGUGAGCGUGCUAGCAACGCAGGUGAGCGUGCUAGCAACGCAGGUGAGCGUGCUAGCAACGCAGGUGAGCGUGCUAGCAACGCAGCAGAGCGUGCUAGCAACGCAGCAGAGCGUGCUAGCAACGCAGCAGAGCGUGCUAGCAACGCAGCAGAGCGUGCUAGCAACGCAGCAGAGCGUGCUAGCAACGCAGGUGAGCGUGCUAGCAACGCAGGUGAGCGUGCUAGCAACGCAGCAGAGCGUGCUAGCAACGCAGCAGAGCGUGCUAGCAACGCAGCAGAGCGUGCUAGCAACGCAGCAGAGCGUGCUAGCAACGCAGCAGAGCGUGCUAGCAACGCAGCAGAGCGUGCUAGCAACGCAGCAGAGCGUGCUAGCAACGCAGCAGAGCGUGCUAGCAACGCAGCAGAGCGUGCUAGCAACGCAGCAGAGCGUGCUAGCAACGCAGCAGAGCGUGCUAGCAACGCAGCAGAGCGUGCUAGCAACGCAGCAGAGCGUGCUAGCAACGCAGCAGAGCGUGCUAGCAACGCAGGUGAGCGUGCUAGCAACGCAGGUGAGCGUGCUAGCAACGCAGGUGAGCGUGCUAGCAACGCAGGUGAGCGUGCUAGCAACGCAGGUGAGCGUGCUAGCAACGCAGGUGAGCGUGCUAGCAACGCAGGUGAGCGUGCUAGCAACGCAGGUGAGCGUGCUAGCAACGCAGGUGAGCGUGCUAGCAACGCAGGUGAGCGUGCUAGCAACGCAGGUGAGCGUGCUAGCAACGCAGGUGAGCGUGCUAGCAACGCAGGUGAGCGUGCUAGCAACGCAGGUGAGCGUGCUAGCAACGCAGGUGAGCGUGCUAGCAACGCAGGUGAGCGUGCUAGCAACGCAGGUGAGCGUGCUAGCAACGCAGCAGAGCGUGCUAGCAACGCAGCAGAGCGUGCUAGCAACGCAGCAGAGCGUGCUAGCAACGCAGCAGAGCGUGCUAGCAACGCAGCAGAGCGUGCUAGCAACGCAGCAGAGCGUGCUAGCAACGCAGCAGAGCGUGCUAGCAACGCAGCAGAGCGUGCUAGCAACGCAGCAGAGCGUGCUAGCAACGCAGCAGAGCGUGCUAGCAACGCAGGUGAGCGUGCUAGCAACGCAGGUGAGCGUGCUAGCAACGCAGGUGAGCGUGCUAGCAACGCAGGUGAGCGUGCUAGCAACGCAGGUGAGCGUGCUAGCAACGCAGGUGAGCGUGCUAGCAACGCAGGUGAGCGUGCUAGCAACGCAGGUGAGCGUGCUAGCAACGCAGGUGAGCGUGCUAGCAACGCAGGUGAGCGUGCUAGCAACGCAGGUGAGCGUGCUAGCAACGCAGGUGAGCGUGCUAGCAACGCAGGUGAGCGUGCUAGCAACGCAGGUGAGCGUGCUAGCAACGCAGGUGAGCGUGCUAGCAACGCAGGUGAGCGUGCUAGCAACGCAGCAGAGCGUGCUAGCAACGCAGCAGAGCGUGCUAGCAACGCAGCAGAGCGUGCUAGCAACGCAGCAGAGCGUGCUAGCAACGCAGCAGAGCGUGCUAGCAACGCAGCAGAGCGUGCUAGCAACGCAGCAGAGCGUGCUAGCAACGCAGCAGAGCGUGCUAGCAACGCAGCAGAGCGUGCUAGCAACGCAGCUGAGCGUGCUAGCAACGCAGCUGAGCGUGCUAGCAACGCAGGUGAGCGUGCUAGCAACGCAGCAGAGCGUGCUAGCAACGCAGCUGAGCGUGCUAGCAACGCAGCAGAGCGUGCUAGCAACGCAGCAGAGCGUGCUAGCAACGCAGCAGAGCGUGCUAGCAACGCAGCAGAGCGUGCUAGCAACGCAGCAGAGCGUGCUAGCAACGCAGCAGAGCGUGCUAGCAACGCAGCAGAGCGUGCUAGCAACGCAGCAGAGCGUGCUAGCAACGCAGCAGAGCGUGCUAGCAACGCAGCAGAGCGUGCUAGCAACGCAGCAGAGCGUGCUAGCAACGCAGCUGAGCGUGCUAGCAACGCAGCUGAGCGUGCUAGCAACGCAGGUGAGCGUGCUAGCAACGCAGCAGAGCGUGCUAGCAACGCAGCAGAGCGUGCUAGCAACGCAGCUGAGCGUGCUAGCAACGCAGCAGAGCGUGCUAGCAACGCAGCAGAGCGUGCUAGCAACGCAGCAGAGCGUGCUAGCAACGCAGCAGAGCGUGCUAGCAACGCAGCAGAGCGUGCUAGCAACGCAGCAGAGCGUGCUAGCAACGCAGCAGAGCGUGCUAGCAACGCAGGUGAGCGUGCUAGCAACGCAGGUGAGCGUGCUAGCAACGCAGGUGAGCGUGCUAGCAACGCAGGUGAGCGUGCUAGCAACGCAGGUGAGCGUGCUAGCAACGCAGGUGAGCGUGCUAGCAACGCAGGUGAGCGUGCUAGCAACGCAGGUGAGCGUGCUAGCAACGCAGGUGAGCGUGCUAGCAACGCAGGUGAGCGUGCUAGCAACGCAGGUGAGCGUGCUAGCAACGCAGGUGAGCGUGCUAGCAACGCAGGUGAGCGUGCUAGCAACGCAGGUGAGCGUGCUAGCAACGCAGGUGAGCGUGCUAGCAACGCAGGUGAGCGUGCUAGCAACGCAGGUGAGCGUGCUAGCAACGCAGGUGAGCGUGCUAGCAACGCAGGUGAGCGUGCUAGCAACGCAGCAGAGCGUGCUAGCAACGCAGCAGAGCGUGCUAGCAACGCAGCAGAGCGUGCUAGCAACGCAGCAGAGCGUGCUAGCAACGCAGCAGAGCGUGCUAGCAACGCAGCAGAGCGUGCUAGCAACGCAGCAGAGCGUGCUAGCAACGCAGCUGAGCGUGCUAGCAACGCAGCUGAGCGUGCUAGCAACGCAGGUGAGCGUGCUAGCAACGCAGCAGAGCGUGCUAGCAACGCAGCAGAGCGUGCUAGCAACGCAGCAGAGCGUGCUAGCAACGCAGCAGAGCGUGCUAGCAACGCAGCAGAGCGUGCUAGCAACGCAGCAGAGCGUGCUAGCAACGCAGCAGAGCGUGCUAGCAACGCAGCAGAGCGUGCUAGCAACGCAGGUGAGCGUGCUAGCAACGCAGGUGAGCGUGCUAGCAACGCAGGUGAGCGUGCUAGCAACGCAGGUGAGCGUGCUAGCAACGCAGGUGAGCGUGCUAGCAACGCAGGUGAGCGUGCUAGCAACGCAGGUGAGCGUGCUAGCAACGCAGGUGAGCGUGCUAGCAACGCAGGUGAGCGUGCUAGCAACGCAGGUGAGCGUGCUAGCAACGCAGGUGAGCGUGCUAGCAACGCAGGUGAGCGUGCUAGCAACGCAGGUGAGCGUGCUAGCAACGCAGGUGAGCGUGCUAGCAACGCAGGUGAGCGUGCUAGCAACGCAGGUGAGCGUGCUAGCAACGCAGGUGAGCGUGCUAGCAACGCAGCAGAGCGUGCUAGCAACGCAGCAGAGCGUGCUAGCAACGCAGCAGAGCGUGCUAGCAACGCAGCAGAGCGUGCUAGCAACGCAGCAGAGCGUGCUAGCAACGCAGCAGAGCGUGCUAGCAACGCAGCAGAGCGUGCUAGCAACGCAGGUGAGCGUGCUAGCAACGCAGGUGAGCGUGCUAGCAACGCAGGUGAGCGUGCUAGCAACGCAGGUGAGCGUGCUAGCAACGCAGGUGAGCGUGCUAGCAACGCAGGUGAGCGUGCUAGCAACGCAGGUGAGCGUGCUAGCAACGCAGGUGAGCGUGCUAGCAACGCAGGUGAGCGUGCUAGCAACGCAGGUGAGCGUGCUAGCAACGCAGGUGAGCGUGCUAGCAACGCAGGUGAGCGUGCUAGCAACGCAGGUGAGCGUGCUAGCAACGCAGGUGAGCGUGCUAGCAACGCAGCAGAGCGUGCUAGCAACGCAGCAGAGCGUGCUAGCAACGCAGCAGAGCGUGCUAGCAACGCAGCAGAGCGUGCUAGCAACGCAGCAGAGCGUGCUAGCAACGCAGCAGAGCGUGCUAGCAACGCAGCAGAGCGUGCUAGCAACGCAGCAGAGCGUGCUAGCAACGCAGCAGAGCGUGCUAGCAACGCAGCAGAGCGUGCUAGCAACGCAGCAGAGCGUGCUAGCAACGCAGGUGAGCGUGCUAGCAACGCAGGUGAGCGUGCUAGCAACGCAGGUGAGCGUGCUAGCAACGCAGGUGAGCGUGCUAGCAACGCAGGUGAGCGUGCUAGCAACGCAGGUGAGCGUGCUAGCAACGCAGGUGAGCGUGCUAGCAACGCAGGUGAGCGUGCUAGCAACGCAGGUGAGCGUGCUAGCAACGCAGGUGAGCGUGCUAGCAACGCAGGUGAGCGUGCUAGCAACGCAGGUGAGCGUGCUAGCAACGCAGGUGAGCGUGCUAGCAACGCAGGUGAGCGUGCUAGCAACGCAGGUGAGCGUGCUAGCAACGCAGGUGAGCGUGCUAGCAACGCAGGUGAGCGUGCUAGCAACGCAGGUGAGCGUGCUAGCAACGCAGGUGAGCGUGCUAGCAACGCAGGUGAGCGUGCUAGCAACGCAGCAGAGCGUGCUAGCAACGCAGCAGAGCGUGCUAGCAACGCAGCAGAGCGUGCUAGCAACGCAGCAGAGCGUGCUAGCAACGCAGCAGAGCGUGCUAGCAACGCAGCAGAGCGUGCUAGCAACGCAGCAGAGCGUGCUAGCAACGCAGCAGAGCGUGCUAGCAACGCAGCAGAGCGUGCUAGCAACGCAGCUGAGCGUGCUAGCAACGCAGGUGAGCGUGCUAGCAACGCAGCAGAGCGUGCUAGCAACGCAGCAGAGCGUGCUAGCAACGCAGCUGAGCGUGCUAGCAACGCAGCAGAGCGUGCUAGCAACGCAGCAGAGCGUGCUAGCAACGCAGCAGAGCGUGCUAGCAACGCAGCAGAGCGUGCUAGCAACGCAGCAGAGCGUGCUAGCAACGCAGCAGAGCGUGCUAGCAACGCAGCAGAGCGUGCUAGCAACGCAGCAGAGCGUGCUAGCAACGCAGCAGAGCGUGCUAGCAACGCAGCAGAGCGUGCUAGCAACGCAGGUGAGCGUGCUAGCAACGCAGGUGAGCGUGCUAGCAACGCAGGUGAGCGUGCUAGCAACGCAGGUGAGCGUGCUAGCAACGCAGCAGAGCGUGCUAGCAACGCAGCAGAGCGUGCUAGCAACGCAGCAGAGCGUGCUAGCAACGCAGGUGAGCGUGCUAGCAACGCAGGUGAGCGUGCUAGCAACGCAGGUGAGCGUGCUAGCAACGCAGGUGAGCGUGCUAGCAACGCAGGUGAGCGUGCUAGCAACGCAG